AUGAUUGGCAGAAGUAAAAAAGCUACUUUUGCUUUCAUCAGGGAUCGUAUUUGGAAGAAAAUAAACUCUUGGAGGAGUAGGUUGUUGUCAAAGGCAGGGAAUGAGGUUAUGAUAAAGUCAGUGUUUCAAGUUAUACCAUCUUAUAUCAUUAGUGUUUUUAUCAUCCCAUAUGCUAUAGUGAAUGAUAUUGAGAAGAUGUUGAAUUCUUUUUGGUGGGGAGGAGGUAAUAAUAAUAAAGGAAUAAGGUGGCUUGCAUGGGACAAAUUAACGUGUACUAAUAAUGAAGAUGGGUUAUGCUUCAUAGAUUUCAAAGCUUUCAACAUGGAUAUGGUUGCUAAACAAGGUUGGCAUAUGAUGACAAAACCGGAGAUGUUGGUUGCUAGAGUUUUCAAAUCAAGGUAUUUCCUAGAUCCUCUUUUUUUGAAGCUAAUCUUGGUAACAAUCCGAGUUUUAUGUGAAAAAGCUUAUAGAGAGAAAGGAAAGUCUUAA